CAUUUUCGCGUCUGCUCUGUUCUUUCUUCCUCUGUAGCCGAACACCACCAGCCUUCACCAACACCUACUCCUCUCGAAAAUUUGGUAAGAUUUUGGUAAAUUCUUUCCCUUGUCUUGUUAAAUAACAAGAUUUAGAGCUUAAAACUCUCUCCCUCAACCCAAGAAUCCCGGAUCUGCUGCUUUCUUCCUCCCUUGCCGCCGACCACAGCUGGGUGUGAGUCCGGUUUUUCCUGGUAAAAUCAGCCAUGAAAUUCAUCUAUUCUCUCUUAAUUUGGCUUGGGCUCACUCUAAUCUUGUUAUUCUUCCAAUUUCUAGCAAACCCGUGGAAGCUCCUCCAAUUCCCGUCGGUCCUCCCAUACCCGUUAGCUCCAACUUUGCUUGUUGGGAAUUUUUGGUAGUGAGACCCGACGCGUGGGAAGCCCAGGGGAGUGACGAGCUAGACGGCUAGGCACUUUUGGACUUAGGUUUUUGUAGCUAAGUCGUUAGUCACCCAUGCUUGACAUAGUAAAUUUUGUGUACAGAAUUUAAUGUUAGUCAUGAUUGUAUAUAUGAAGUGAUAAAUUUUGUACAUCUGACUAGUAAAUAUUUGAUAAUUAAAAAGGCUUAGAUCUGAAUUACCUGAAUUGCUAAGUAUGAACUCAAACAAUGAGUUCCUGUCAUUCCACAUACACCAAAAGGUUGAGCAGAAGAGGGUGGACUAGGGAAUUUGGGGGCGAACCAACAUAAAGGUAAAAGAGCAAUUGGCUCAGAGCUAGUUAAAAAGAUCAUGGUUGAAACUAGGGAAAUAGGGGGUUGGGAUGGGAAGAGAGCUCUAAAAGUGAGGGAUAAAGGGGCAAUCACAGAUGAGGUAAAUAGUAGAUUCAACCAUGGAGUUACAUCUUGGACAUGUAGUAGGGAUAUGGAGACCUCUAUUAGUAAGAAAAAGGUGAGAAGCAAUGCGAUCGUGAGCAAGGAGCUAGAUGAAAAACUUGAUCUUUGUGAUGGUUAGACUUUUCCACACCCAAAGCCAGUUAUUUGGUUUGGGUGAAGCAUUACAUGAGAGUUUGUAAGCAAAAGAAAUUGUGAAAAAGCCA